GCGUGGUGAUAGAAGGCGGUCUUAGCGUCAGCGCACGGGAGAGGAAGAGACUUCGUGGACCUCAAAUACGUAUGGAGCCUCCCCAACAGCAUGGGGAGCAAGCUCUGUACACCCAGAAGGACGGCGCAACCAACCCAAGCAGCGUCAGCGGUAACCCUAACGGUGAUCUCAAUGUGUCUGCCGACAUUGUCGGUAGUGGCAGCGGCGGUGGCGCUGAUGCAAGCAACGGCGUUUCCGACCUUGCUGGAUUAACAUCGGCAAAGAUCGGGGGGAAGCCUCCGAGUGAGGCAGACAAGAAGGCAGCACCGAGAUCUGGGGGACCUGUGGCGGGCAAGCCAGGCAAAGACGGCAAGGGUACCAGCGGUAAGAAGAAGAAGACGACCGAGAACGGAGAGCGGAAGAAGAGCAAGAAGUCCAAGAAGAGCGGCAAGCGUGGGGAGGCAUCGGCAGGCGGGGCAGCGACGGGAGCGACGCCAGCGAGCGAUAAGACCACCAAGAACAAAACCGUAGCUAGCAAAACGGGCAGCAAGACCAAGGGUGCGGUUAAGAAGGUCGCUGCGGCAAGCGCUACCAAGAAGAAGGAAGGAACCACCACCUCGAGGACCGCGGCCGGAGUGAUAGAGAUAGUCGAAGCCCCAGCUGGAGCAGCCGCAGCCGGAGCUGGAGCAGUCGCAGCCGCAGCAGAAGCUGGAGCAGCCGAAGCAGCAGCAGAGGGAGGAGGGACAGCCGGUCGAGGAGCAGUAGCAGGCGGAGAAGGGAUAGCCGUUCGAGGAGCAGAGAACGCAGCCGCUGGCACGGAUCCUCUUAUCGAGCGCGAUCAGGAGAGGGAUCGGGGCGGUGGGCGACGGGGCUAUCGCAGGGAAAGCGAUCCUCCUUCUGGCAACAGAGGUCGAGACCGUGAUCGAGAUCGUGAUCGAGAUCGAGACCUGCCGAGAGGGAGAGAUCGGGAAGUUGUCGACCGGGGAAGAGGGGAGCGAGAGGAAACGAGGGAUAAGGAACGCAGCGACGAUGCCGACUCUAGAGGCCGUGUUGGCGACAGAGACUAUCGCGGCGGAGACAGGAAGGAAGCUCGUAGCGGUAUGAAUGAGCCUCGCAGCGGAAACGGCAAGGAACAGGCCCGAGGCGAUGGCAACGUGAAACCUCAGGGCGGCAAGGGGGACCCCAACGAUGAUAUGAAGGAAGCUCGAGGGGACGUGAAAGGGCCUGUCAGCGAAAGGGAAGGGUCCCGCUCGGAUAGACAAAAUCCCGACAAAGACAAGAAGGAAUCUUCGAGGGAAGGCAAGGAUGAGCAGCAGCAGCAGCAGCAGCAGCAGCAGCCUAGGGUAGACAGGGGCGGUGAACAGCAGUAUGGCGAGGACUCGCAAGGAGGUGGAAGCUACCGGCGGGACAGGGACUACCGACACCAUGGGGUCGACGACCGCUACGGAGGAAACAGGGGGGGAUACCGCCCUCGCGGGAGCAACGACUACUACGGCACCAGGGAGACCCGCAACCGAGAGCCAGCAGAUCGCGACCAACGAGGAGAGAAGGGCUAUACCAGGGACGGCAGGGACAAGGAGCACGAUGAACACCACAGGGGUCAGGAAGGUGACCGCGGCGGCAGCGUGCACGGGGGAGAACAGCAGGGGCGGGGCAUGGGACGAGAGCGCAACCCCCGCUCCGCGAGGACGGGGUCAGGGCUUGCAGACCAGCACGGAGACCGAGGUCCACCGGCGCCACAUUCCGGGAGCGACGGCGGUCGGGGAUGGGCAGGGGCUGGCCCCGGGGCGCACUCCGGAAGAGAUGACGUCGGUGGCGAGAGGGGCGGGCCGAGAGGCGGAUCGAGGGAACGCUACAGACGCAACAACGGCGAGAGCGGCGGCGGUCCCCCGGAGGGAAUGCAGCACGAUGGCGGCGGCCGCGUGGGGCAAGGUCCUUGGAAUGAUCCUCAGUUUCCCUUCCCGUCGGAGGGGCGGCCUCGUCCUCAACAGCCGCAGCGAGAGACGUUUAACGGGGAAAGGCGCCGGGGCAGGUCUCCCGGCGGUGUCGACGAAAGAGAGUUUGAUGGGAUGAGGGCGGGAGCCGGGGCAAACGGAGGGGAUGGGCCGGGGCCAGUGCUGAGGGGUGACGAGCCUCUGCCGUUCGCAGAUGUGGGAAUAGCGGCACCGGGGGGUCGGGGAGGGAUGAGAGGCGAAGAAGACAUGCUGCGGCGCCCCCCUGGCAUGCGCCCCGGCGGACCAGGACGGGGCGUCGAGCCCGAAAUGAGAGGCCCGGAGCCUGGGAUGCAAGGCAGGGGGAUGGGUGGCGGCCGGGGCAGAGGAGGCGGCCGCUUUGGGCCAGAGGGAAGAGGUGGGCGAGGAGGUGUUGAGUGCGUGGAGGGAGGCCGAGGAGGGGACUUGCCCCCCCCGGAUGGCUACCGGAUGGACGUCCCCCCCGGGCAGAUGGACAGGAUGGACCGGGACAGGAUGGACAGGCACCAGCACCAGGACAGUGACCGAGGUGGCCGCAGGGGACCCCCUCUCGUCGACAGAGACGGCCAGCCUCCCCCACCAUGGGCGAACGGCGCCUUGGACGGCCCUCCCGACGGAGGCCGGGGGGGAGGCGGACGAGGAGGAGGAGGACGAGGAGGAGGAGGAGGAGGAGGAGGAGGAAGAGGAAGAGGUGGCCCGGGGUCGACAGGGAUGGGACCGUUGAACCGCAUGGAUCCAGGCCAGCCGCGGAUGGUGCCGGCCAGGUCACCACCAGAAGGGGGCUUCGGGCCUCCAGAGCGGGUAUACGGGAGAGGCGGGCGGGGUAGAGGCGGCGGAGAGUUCGACUUCGCGGGGGGUGGGGGGGGGCGCGGUCGUGAGCGGCCGCCGUUUCCUCUGGGCGGCGUGGAUGGGGCACCAGAGGGGAAGUACGACUCAGCAGGCCGAGGACCAGAGGCAGUCGGGCCGAACGCUCGUGGCGGUGGCGGCGGUGUACCCCCCCUUGAACCACCCAACAAUCUGUCGGGCCCCCCCGGCCCAAGACAAGGAGGUCGAGAUCGAGCGAUGUUAGGGGGGGGAGGAGGAGGACCCGACCGGCCGAUGGGUGGACCGGAGAGAGGGUCAGGACUAGAGAUGGGCGGCCGCGGGGGGCGGGGCGGCGGCGAUCGCCACAGCGGCGGCGGUCGCGGCGCCGGCCGCGCACCCGACAGACUGGAGCAAGAAAACAUUGCCGCCCCCCCCGGCGGCGGCAGACGGGGGGUACCCCGCCCCCCUCCCGGAUUUUGGGGACCGCGGGGUCCCCCUCCUUCCGGACACCCCGCCUGGAACGACCCGGCUCUCGAGCAGUACAUACCGAGGCAACAACACGGGAACGGGGAAGGAGACGGCGGCUGCCCGGGAGUAGGGCGGGGGGGGAGAGGAGGACGAGGCCCGGGCUUCUAUCCGCCCCGGGGCGAAGGAGUGAGAGGAGGAGUCGGGGAGCCAAGGCGGCAGCAGCAGCAGGAUGGGGGCCCGCCGCUUCACUUCGAUGGUGCGGGGGGUCCCGGUGGUGGUGGUCAGCCUCCCCCGCCGUGGGCCGCAGCGGGCGGUCUUCCGCUGAGAGGAUUCGGGGGGCCUCAGCAGCAUCAGGGCCGGGGUGGUGCCGGAUCGGGUGGUCCAAUUAGAGGGCGGGGGCAAGGCAGCGGCCGCGGCGGCCGCGGCCACGGCGGCCAGAACGGAUCUCGAGGGUCAAUGGUUAGACCGGACGAGGGCAGGGGGCCACUGCCGCCGCCGCCGCCGCCGCCGCCACCGCCUGGUGACGGCCUGUGGCGGCCGAUGGGGACGGCACCGUGGGAGAACGGUCGGGGCGACGUGCUUCCGCCGCCGCCAGCAGGCGCAGGGUGGGGGCCGGGAGGAAUGGGGGGAGGGGGGAGGAUGGGUCCCGACGUGGGGAUGCAGGGGGAGAGGGUGUGGGGGCCCCCUGGCCUCGGGGGCGGCCCGCCAGGAAUUGGAGGACCGAAUGGUCCAAGGCUUCGGAGAUCUCGAUCCCGCUCCGACUCCCGGCCGCUCAGAGGUCCUGGCCCCCCUCCUCACGGUGCAUGGGAAGCAAACAACAACAAUAUGAACAACAGGGGAGACGGGCGAGCGCCAAGAGGAGGAGAAGGAUUCGGCGGCGAGCGAUACGGCCCCCCCGGCGAGCGAAGACAGCCCCCCUACGGCGGUCACCAGCAGUCACAGCAAGACCGCUGGCAGGCCGAUCAAUGGCAGCCACACUCCCAGCACGGCCCUGGCGGCGACUUCCCGAGGUUCCCGAUGGAUGAUGACUUGGAGGCGAUAGCGGAGGCGGAAGCGGCGGCCCAAGUGGCCGAGGCGAAAGCGGAGGCGGCCGCGGCCGCUGCAGCUGCCGCCGCCGCCGCGGCGAAGGAGGAGGAGGAGGAGGAGGAGGAGGAGCAGACCAAGGCGGCUGAGGUUGAUCCUGCAGUUGUUGCCGUGGCGGCCAACCUGGCGCCGGUGUGCGUGUCACGGCAGCUGCUGUCGGAGGGCGCUUACCGCCGCCUGGCCCUCGCGCGUCAAGCCGGAGAUGAUGUCGAGGCCGGGCUUACCUUCGAACCUGAGGAGGGAUACGACGACGAGAAGGAAAGGGGUGCAGGUGCGGAUGUAAAACCAAAGGAGCAGGGAGGCGUCAACGCUGGAACCGCCAUGGGCAAAGGGGCGACGCCUGCUAGCGGCACGGGGAUGGACGGCGGUGACAACGGCUACGGGGACGGCAUCAACACGACCCUGGCACAGUUGGCCACGGACGACAGCGGCGGCGGCGGCGGCGGCGGCGGCGGCGGCGGAGGCUCUCCGGAUGGCGCAGAAGACGAGGACGACCUUUACGGCGAUCUCUACGGCGGCCUGGACGACGACGGUGGCGGUGGGACUGACAUGGACGGCGGUGGCCGAAAUGGCGGCGGAGGCGGGGGGAGUCAGGACGGCGCGGGCGGCGAUGGCGGCGGCGUGGGCGAGGAGGACCAAGGUGCCCUAAACGGAGGCGGUGCGCUGGAAGCAGGAGGGGGGGACGGUAUGGCUGAGGAGGUCAGCACUCGUGCCGUUAUGAACGCUCUUAAGAGAUUGGAGGGCCCAAUUUUCAUCCCUGCACCUCCAGAGGCUACACCUGUGUCUUCGAUGUUGGGGAACAUCUCCGUUGGGCUUCCCCUCGAUGUUUUGACGGCGCCCGAAACGUACCAUUAGUCCCGAAGUCUCAUUUUCAAUCGAUCCUCUCUGCUGGAGUUGCUACGGGGGUGAAAGCCCUAGCCAUCGCACCUUGGGUUUGAAAGGUUGCAUCCCGUAAGGGGGGUGGGUGCUGUGUUUUCAGCGGGUUGUCGUGCACCCGCCCUGUGCUGUUAUUGUUUCGAUGAUGUAUACCUACUCAGUACUUCGUAUUAAGUUCUUCAUGAACGGUUGUUUCGUAUAAGUACAAGGUAGUUUACAUUGCUUUUUCCUGGGAGUCGGAUUUGGAGAAUGUUUUCGGACAGGCCAAAAAUAAUGGUGGUGACCAGCAUGUGUUGGUUUUGGAAGGAAGGUGUUCGAUCUUUGUCUGGUGUGGUUGCAGGCGUGGAGUAGCUGGCUUCGCUGGUGGUGGCAGGUUCAGGGUGCAGGUCAACGUGUUAUUGUUUGGCCGAAGCAUUUUUAUCGAAUCACAAGAAACGUUGAUUUGUUAUUAUUGUUGGAAAACCAGGAAGGCACCGCUCCGACCUGAAUCUUGUCGGUUCGCUGUCUCACCUUGCCGGCAGUGCAAGCGGGUGCUUUGCUACAUUUCAUGACAUUGGUGUGCCUUGGUGGUGGUAAACGGCGGGUUCUGCUGCUAAGGUACAUUGAAGCUCGGGCGUGAAAAUAAGGGAGAGAGUGAAGGAGCAUUUUGGUCGUUCGUCCGAUGACGCGC